AUGGCCAACGACUGGUUGGAUUUAGCCCUGUAUCGGCUCGGUCUGCGGCAGGGUCCUACGAAGUCCUUUGAACAUCACAAGGCAGACAUGAUGAGUCUUUCUGAUGCAAGCUUGAUUGAUCAGUGGGAACUCCCCAACCAGGUUUCUGCACAUGAACUCUUAGAGUGCUUCUUUCAAGGUCCCAACCUGGUCUUCCAUUUGCUCGAGCAGAAAGAGUGCACGGCGAGCUUGGAAGAAUGUCUCAACUCAAGCUUCUUCGAAUUUGGUCAAAUAAAUGGACCGCCACAGAUGUUGCAAAUCUUGGCCGUCCUCGUCUUGGGGUACAUCUCGGGUCCUCACCUAAUUUCCAACUUUGAUGCCAGAUGUUAUCUCAAUCGUUGUAGAACAAUGCUUGGGCAUGUCAUGAGAUACCCGAGUAUUGCAACUCUUAAGAGCCUCAUAUUAUUUUCACUGGCAUUAAAAUCCAGUAAUGAGCUUCUGGAGGCAUGGCACACCGUCAUCCUUGCCGCGUCGGUUGCAACAUCCUUGGGACUGAACCAGCAAACGACCAGUUCCCCGGAACGAACAUCUCUUGAAUACCCCAUGUCUCAGGAAAAGAAGAGGCUCUGGGUCUAUGUAUACACAAUUGAGAAACUGCUCGCCUUUGAACUUGGGCGUCACUCAAAUCUUCGUGAUAUUCAAGAGGCUGAGCUACCUGAUACACUCGGUUGCAAAGAGCUUUUCGAGUUGGCGAGGUUGCUCAGUGAUAUUGGCAAAUGGUCUGUCCGUGCGAGUAGACAAGAAGACGAAACAGAUGGAGACGACGAGCUCUAUCAGUCAAUAUGCGAAAAGGUGAAAAUUACGGGAGAGAGUUGUAUUAAACUUAUACAAUGGGCUGAGUCACUGCCCAACGAAAUGAGCUUGCUCAUUAGUAAAGAAGCCUUGCAGUCGGCAGUCAGCGUAAUAGCCAAAGACAAGCCAUGGUACUCAGUGAUACGCAAUGGCCAAUCCAUGGUGGCUGAUGCUGCGAGGAAGACUCUACGGCUCGUUAUCGAAGGUGUGGACUCUGAUUUCAACGCCGCGUUGUCGUCAUUGACUGCGCCUCUCAACUCUUUGGCAACACUGGUAGUCUCAGUCAUCACUCGGCCGCGAUCACACAUGGCGGGGACGGAUCUAAGCUUGGUUGAGACUGCGGCCAGUGCCUUGAGGGAGCUGAAUUACUGGAGUUUCAAGAGCAACGAUGAUCUGGGAUCAUUACUCGACCGGCUCGUUCGGCUUGCAAGUGAUUCUAUCAAGUCUGCAAGGCACUCUAGAGCAACAGCUUCGUCAAUAGGUAGGAGGGAAGGCCGAGUUUCGUCAUUUGGUAGCCGGCAUGAGCCGCGAUCAGAUGGACCGGACCAGACGAUCGAUAUGGCAUGGCCAGUAAUAGCUUCAUCAUGCGAUUCUCAGGAAGAACCGCAAUCAGGCUACCUCUUCGGCGGCGAAUCUCAACCCGGGAUGUUGAACGACGAUGAUGCGAUGUGGUUCGACAAUUGGACGUCGACUUUUCCCAACGAGAUCAACUGGGACUGGUCGAAUUUUCCACAGAUAUCCCAGUCCCGAGCUCAAUCAAACGGCGUGGAAGAAGUUUAA